UCUUCCUUCUUUUCUUUGCAGCAAGUUCAUGUAACACUUUCACUAAAACCUUCUCCGGGAUUGAUGGAGCUGGGAAAAGACUAGCAGAUGAAGUCAUGCUGGUUGUAAAGAAGCGAGAUAGCCUAAAGAAGAUUUCCUUUCUAGCUCAUUCUCUAGGUGGAUUGAUUGCAAGAUAUGCUGCUGGUGUUCUUUAUACAUCAACCAAGCAUAGUGACCCUUCUGAUGAUGUGAUCGCUUCAACUAACGCAAACUUCAAAAUGACAUGCUUCUCAAAUAAAGGCUUAAUUGCUGGGCUGGAACCAAUCAAUUUUAUCACCUUGGCAACGCCACAUCUUGGUGUGAGAGGGAAAAAGCAGCUUCCAUUUCUCCUGGGAGUUCCUAUAUUAGAGAAACUUGCAGCGCCAGUUGCUCCCAUUUUUGCUGGUCGAACUGGUAGUCAGCUCUUCCUCACAGAGGGCAAGCCCAACAAACCACCUCUUCUACUUAGAAUGGCAUCCGACUGUGAUGAUGAUCGGCCCUCGGUGCUUUCAAAUGUC